UUGUCAGGGGGCGGGGCCGGGCCACGGUCCAGACUCGCCAGCCUAGCCGCUGAGUCUCCCUGUCUGGACGCGGGUGCCAGCUGCCGGGCGGAUGGAGGCGACGCGCUGCGGGAUCGGAGCCCGCGGGGAGAGUGUCUUUGAGGAUGAGACCAUGAAGCUCCGACGGCUGAAGCUGGACAACCAGAGGGCACUGCUGGAGAAGAAGCAGAGAAAGAAGCGCCUUGAGCCUCUCAUGGUACAGCCGAACCCCGAAGCCAGGCUGUGCCGAUUGAAGCCUAGAGUCAGUGAGGAGCACGCCCCCUUGGUGGACCCACAGACUUCUCGCAGCGAUGUCAUCCUGCAUGGCAUCGAUGGCCCAGCCGCCUUCCUCAAGCCAGAUGCUCAGGAUUUGGAAAGCAAGCCCCAUGUUCUCUCAGUGGGCUCUCCUGCUACAGAAGAGGACACAGAAGGAAGUGGGGAUGGGGACAACCCUGGGGAGACCGCCUCCAAGCCAGACCUACAGGAGAUCCUCCAGAAGCAUGGAAUCUCGGGUAGUUUGAACUUUGAUGAGGAGGAGACUGAUGGUGAGGAAGAUGAAGGCAGAAAAUUAAGUUCCCCAUCAGCAUCUUCAGAAAAAGAGAGACCCAGUUCUGCCUCCAGCCAGAAAGCAGCCACAGACACUGGAGCUUCUGGUACAACAACCCAGCAGGUUGACAACCAGCUGGGGGAAGUAGAGAAUUUAGAGGACUUUGCAUAUAGUCCUGCCCCUCGGGGUAUCACAGUGAAGUGUCGGAUAACCAGGGAUAAAAAAGGCAUGGACCGAGGCCUCUUCCCCACCUACUAUAUGCACUUGGAGAAAGAUGAGAGCCGCAAGCUAUUCCUUCUUGCUGGUAGGAAGCGAAAAAAGAGUAAAACAUCCCACUAUCUGAUCUCCACCGACGCCACAGAUUUGUCUCGUGAAGGGGAGAGCUACAUUGGCAAACUCAGAUCCAACCUCAUGGGGACCAAGUUCACAGUGUAUGACCAUGGUGUCAACCCAGUCAAGGCCCAGGGACUGGUGGAAAAGGCCCAUACCCGCCAGGAGCUAGCUGCCAUCUGCUAUGAAACAAAUGUACUUGGAUUUAAAGGUCCUAGGAAAAUGUGUGUGAUCAUUCCAGGAAUGAAUAUGAAUCACGAACGGAUCCCAUUUCGGCCACGAAAUGAACAUGAGAGCUUGCUUUCAAAGUGGCAGAACAAAUCCAUGGAGAACCUGAUCGAGCUACACAACAAGGCCCCGGUGUGGAAUGAUGACACACAGUCCUACGUCCUGAACUUCCAUGGCCGGGUUACUCAGGCUUCAGUGAAAAACUUUCAGAUUGUCCACGGAAACGACCCUGACUACAUAGUCAUGCAGUUUGGACGUGUGGCUGAUGACGUGUUCACACUAGACUACAACUACCCGCUCUGUGCACUUCAGGCCUUUGCCAUUGGGUUGUCAAGCUUUGACAGCAAGCUGGCAUGCGAGUGAGAAGCAAGUGGGGUUGAGGAGCUUCUUCACUGCAGAACUUCCAGGAGCCAAAAGCUGCAGCCCUCAGCCCUGCCCCAGGACACUAAGAGCAACAUUCCGCCCCCUUUUGUGAUCAGUGUGUGUAUAAAUAUGCACAUGUGUGUAUACAUACAUGUACGUAUAUAUACAUGGAUGCAUGCUUACAUACACACGAUCAUGCCGUCUCUUUUCUUCAGAGAUCACAGUUUCACAGGGGUGAGAGAUGGAUUAAAGCACAGGGAGGUGACACCAGGGCACAUUGGCGACUACUCAUACACAGCAGAUCUGUGGUUUAAGAGAUUUCCUGUGCUUGGGAACUUCCCCAGAAUCAGGUUCUGAAGAUUAAAAGCUUGGGUCUCGAUGGGCGUGGUGGCACACACCUUUAAUCCCAGCACUUGGAAGGCAGAAUCAGGCUGAUCUCUGUGAAUUCAAGGUUAGCCUGGUCUAUGAAGUGAGUUGCAGCCCAGCCAGGGCUACAUAGUAAGAUCCUAUCUCAAAAAACUAAAAACAAAAUCCUUGGGUCUCCUUUUCUGAAGACCCUUUCAGAAGGGAACUACUCCCUAAAUUGCCUUUAGUCCUGAAGACUUUUCUAGCCAAUGGCCUGAUUGUGUCUCUCUUCCUGACUCAACUCAAAUCAGCCUUGGUAGCACAAAAGCAGCCAUAAACAAUCCAUGCACAAAUGAAUGUAGCUGUGUUCCAAUAAAACUUUAUUUACAAAAUGGGCAGCAGGCCAGCUUUGGCCUGUGGGCUUUAGUUUGCCAGCCCCUGCCUCAAGGGCUUGAGCAUCUUUCAGAACAGGCAUGUGGUCACGAAACCGUGUGUAGAGAAUGGACAGGUCUCAGGAGCAGGCCUGAGGCCUGAAUCUUAAGAGGUACUCAUGCUGAAUCCACUCUAGCUUUUACCUCAUGGUGACAUGCCUCUAGAGUGUCAUCUGCCCUCAGUGCUGGGAAAACCCAAAGUCUGUUAUCAUGGCAACAGAUGCAGGCUUGCUUCUUUUUUCAGGGGGAAUGUGGCACCAGCUUGUUUCCCGGGGCCUGGGAAGGCUCCAGUGUCCCAGCUUCCCACUUCCUUUACUUCCCUCAGAGCAGGUUGGUGGACACCCAUCUCCAUGAAGUGGCUGUGCCAGGGCUCAGCUCUCCAGGGUCUUAGUGCAGUGUCAUUGGCAGGAGAGGCUAGGUGAGGACUGCCUCAACUGGCCAUUCUACAGACCUAGGGUCAGCUUUGCCCUUCAUCCUCAAAGCCCAGGUAGAUACCGCCUGGGUCACAGGCCUUGAGAUGGUUCAUAUCUCCCAGAAAAUCAUGACUUCCUCUAGUUCACCAGCCCAGAGUGUAUCUGAACUGGAGAAUUUGAAAACUAAAUUCUGCGUUCGGUGAUGUUCCUCUCCUACAAUGCUUACUGGCAUGGGGCAGGGAGUCCAUGGCUACUGCUCCAAGGUAGUGCUCAUGUGGAGGACAUCCCUUCGUCCCUACUUCCUCUUGUUCCUUGCUUGGCAUCAAACAGCCAUGUGAUGGUACUAGAGCUGGGAGGUGAAGACCUGGUCUCACUCCCACAGCAAGUCAUGUCUGUCCCUUCAGAUGGUACCAGUUUCUGCUCAGGCAUGCUUCCCAAUAAGUGCCUCACUUAUAAAAGUACCCUAGAGCCUGUCACUUCUGCUACCUGCUGUCCUUACACACGGCCUGACAAGCCACCUUUGUGGAGGAGAGAGAGCGGUUCACGUCUCUCCAGUUAAAGGGUACUACAGGCCGGGGGGGGGUCACAGACUACUGGAACUAAUCUUUCCAGCUUAGAGAGCUGAAUGAACACCCCCAUUUCAUGGGCUUUCUGCUUGAGUUUGCAGGUGACUGGUUUUACAUAAAUCAUAUUUAUACCUUUUGUAUGCUACAGAAAUAAAGAUAAUUUAUAUAA